UAUUAGAUACACAACUUUUUCAACGACUUGGACAAUAUAUAGUUUUGAAAUUGCCAAUGAACUAAGAAAUUAAAAGAAAACUGUCUUCUGUAUUAUCGCUAGUUUUUGUUGCCGCUAUAGUUAAAUCUUUGCAAUUACUAUGUGUUGAAUUAGGAAAGAUAGAAAAAAAUGUAUUCUAAAUCGAAAAUAUUCUUGUGUCUAUCAACGACCUUGCUACUGUGCACGUCUAUUGUGAAGUCUACUAGUAGCAACCAAAUAUUAGGUCAAGCUUCUGUGGGAGAACUAUAUACUUUCAAAAUUGAACCCUCCAUGUUCAAUUGGACACAUCAAGUUAUCAAUGAACAAUUUCGUUAUACGCCUUCUUUGAAAUCUUAUCCCGAUUUACCCUCCUGGAUGCGAUACAUGUACAGUCAAGAACAUCAUGCCGGUUUUCUUUACGGUACUCCACCUGCUCGUUUAGCAUCGAAAAAAAUUAUUUUGGAGAUAAUAGCCUUAAACAAACAGAACUACGAAACACGUCAUUGUGAAUUGGUAUUGACCAUUGCUUCCAAGUUUCAUGCUCCUAAUGUGGUUCAAAUGAAAAUUGAUAAUUUAAAUUGGGUACAUCUAAUGGAUCCCGGAAGAGUUGAGAAUUUACGCAACAUUUUUCGUAAGGAUUUAUGGCCCGAAAGUGAGCCAGAUUUAAGUUUAGUUUUCAUGGAAUCUGCCAUCAAUAUGGGUGGCCGUUUACCGCUACGACCUCAACAGCAUGAGGGAGUUAUUGUACACUUGGGAAGUUUUGCAAAAUUUUCUGAUCGCCUAAACCAAUUGCAAGAAGAAGUACGCCCUCUGUACAAAUUACCUUCAUGUACAUACAAACGUACAUCGGUGCAAAAAAUAUUCGAAAAUGUUGGUUUUAAACUGGAUUGGUGUGCAUUUAAAAUGGUUGGAACAGAAACGGAUCCCGCUGUGCUCCAUCACAACCAUGAUUCUGAGAGCUUUAAAGCGAACAAUGCCAAUAAAGUUAUGGGUCAAAGCGAAGCUAUGAAUAUGAAAAGACGAGCAGAUCGUUGGCAUGGAAUGGCACGUGACGAAGUUCCAACACGAAAUUAUAUUGAUGAAUUUGCUUUUGCUUUUGCCAUUCCCACUGUUCUUUUUGGCCUACUUUGUGGUAUACUUACGGCAACAUUAUGUUUUAAACAUCAUAAAUUAUACGAUCCAAAAUCAGAAUUCUUCUUCAAUAAUAUAUUUCACAUUUGCAAAGAAGAAUGUUUGAAUUCCUCCAACGAUUCUGAUUUAAAUAAAACCGAGGAAAGCUAUAAAGAUUCCUAUCCCACAACUUCCUCAACUGUUCAAAUGGUACAAUAUUCAGAUACAAAUUCACAACCCGUUACUACUCUUAAAAGUCUAAAGGACCCCAAUUGUUUAUUGGAUAACACAAGUGUGCGCUCCCAAAGUCCUACUAGUUUCUAUCAAACUGAAAGCCCUUCGAACACUUACUUGAGGCCUAAACCACCACCAUAUAAAGGAGGAAGUUUAACACGUACCAGUGGCGUAGAUAUUUGACAACCAACCUCCUCGUCGGCACCAAGAAUUUUGUAUUGUUAAAUACAAUCCAUAAUAAAUGGAGGAUUAGAAGGGGCGCUAUGCUAUGGCAUACAAAUAAUGAUGGCACCCAAAAGAGGUGCUCCAUAAAAUAAGUCAUAUUUAAUUAUAUCAUAGCCUACACAUACUAACAGCCUGUUUUUCGUUGACAUUUUUAUGAUACACACAUGAUACACAUUAAAAACAAUCCUAUUUUUAUACAUAUUUUCUCAAAAACAUUUAACUUUAAUUUUUUAAACCAAACACCAAUUAACAUUGCGAAUAUUUUCCUACUUUGUAUUGAAGCAAUGCACGAUUUUCUAUUUUAUUGCCAAUAUAUAAAUAUCAUGGAUUUACAUUUAUUUAACCAAGAAUUUGUGUUACGCAAACAGGCAUAAUUUUACUCAUUCAGAUAAUCCUACAUAUAUAGUGUUGAAUAAUGUAGUAAAUGGUUUAAGAGACAUAAUCAAUUUGUAUGCAAUUAUAACGAUAAAAAGUAAAUUUAGAAA